AUGUCUUGGAUGAAAAGAAGAGGGCCAAACACCCCUAGUCCUGCACCAGUCUCAGCCCCUGCUGUGCCAAUGUAUAAUCCAAACCAACAUUCCAAUGCACAAGAGACUCAAUGGCAAAACCAACAGCUUCAAAACACGUGGUUCCAAGCGCCUCAACAAGUGCAGUACCAGCCGGCUCCUAAUCAAGAGCCUCAGCCUGUUCCACAGCAACAGAACCACUGGCAACAGCCGCCACAACAGCAUUCAUAUGAUGGUCAGAUGUAUUACCAACAGCAACAGCAACACUCUUAUUAUCAGCAACCACCUCAAAAUCAACCUCAACAACAGGUUUAUCAAAAUAAUACGGGGUAUGAGCAACAGGCCUACGGAAAUUUGCAGUACAACCAACUAGGUAAUCAGAAUGAGGCUUAUGGAAAUUAUGGUCAGACUGCUCCAAGUACAGAGCAACCAGGUGAUGCUUGGGACUGGGGAUGGGGAGAUGAAGAUAAUUCGAAUCUGCAUGCUCAACAGAGCACCAAUAUUGGCCGGGAUAGUGAAAAAUUAGGUAACGCUCCUGUGAAAGACGACUCGUGGAACUGGCCCGCGGAGGACACCAAACCGUUCGCCGGCGCCGCAUCGGGCGUCUCUGAGCCGCCCGAUCCCGGCAGGGCGGCUGCGACAGUGAGCCAGCCAAUCAAGGUCGAGAGCGUGUCGCCCGUGGCGGAAAGCCUCAGGCCGCAGAGGCGGGGCAAGCUCGAAACGCCGCAGUGGUCGACGGAGUCGCAGGUGUCGCAGGAGUCCUCCGACGACGUGCUGCAUACGUCGGAGAGCGACAAGAGUCGCAUGGUGUCGCGGAGCUCCACCAUUAGUCAUUCGCCCGUUUCAGGACAUGAUACAGUUUCUAUGCAAAACGCUGAAGAGAUGCCCGUCAAAAAAGAACCGUACGAAAACAAGGAAAUCGUUACAAAUGUCACGCAAGAAGCGUCUCUCCCCACCCCUCCGCCCCCCCAAAACCUACAGACGCCACCCUUGAUGCCGCCUGGAUCUUCUGCAGACGAUUCGAAGAAUCCGUAUAAGCGUACGACUGGCUUGUCUCACAAAAGUGCCAACCAGUCCAGAACUGCCAACGUCACACCGCCUGACAGCCGGCAGCCUUACCAACCUAGUAUUUUUCAUGGUCAACAGGUUAACUUGGAAGCUCCGCCAGACAACUCGGAGCAACCCGACCCCGUACCUUCGUCUUCGCAGGCUUUCUCCAGAGUGAAACCUGUCACGAAUCUUCCCGACAACAACGAGGCUCCCAUCAAUGACAGAAACCAGUACUUGGAGACGGGUCACCUUUCUGAGGGCAACCUACCGGAUUUCAACCGAGAAGCUGAGUUGCAGAACGCUGUGAGCGACCAGCUACCCCCGCCCGGCCUGCGUAGGAUGGUGCCCGGCCAGAUGGAGCACGAGGGCUCGGGCAACGCGGGCAGCUUCGGGGACGAACCGCCGCCCGGCCUGAGUCGGAUGGUGCUGGGGCAGACGGAGGCGGUGGAGGGCGCGCAGAUGACCAACUCGUCCCAGGGGGCGGAUAUGACGCCGCAGUUCGACCCCUUGGGCCCCCCCGAGGGCCUCCGCCGCAUGGUCCCCGGCGAGUCGAGCUCGCCCGAGUCUUCCGUGCGUGCGCAGCAGCCGGUGGCGCGCGAGGGCGAGUCCGAGCCGGAGCUGGAGCGACUGGGGCAGCACGCGCCGCAGGCGAGAUCGGCCACCAUCGGGGCGGACACGCCGCCCAUGGGUAGGGCAACCGGUGGGCAGGCUGCGGGGCGGGGGCGGAGCGUCGGCGGGACGGAGAGCCAGGCGAGAGGGGGCACCACGGCUGCUUCGACCGACAAGCCCGCCAGAAAAGCGAAAGACACCGACAGCAGCAGCAGGAGGGACAGUAUAGAGGGCGAGACGCAAGAUCACGACCUGGCCAGCCUCACCAACUCGGUGCGCAAUCUCACCGUCGGCGAGAACCUGACCGACGGUCAAACGUCGAAUACCAGCCUGCCGGAGCCCGAGGCGAGGAGAUUGGAGCGGAGAUCGAGCAGGCGGGAGAGCAGUGAGAGCGACAGCGAAAGGGAGGAAAAGCGGCCGCCCCGGGGCGGCAGAGACAAGCGGUCGGCGGAGCGGUCGAAGCGGGACAGAGAGAGGGGCGAGAAGGGCAGGGAGAGAGAGCGGUACACGCCCGAGAGUUAUCACGACAAGAAAUAUGACAGGCGAUACAAGAACUCGCGCUACGAAGAAGACACCGACUUCUUCAGCGACAAGGACAAAGACAGACGAUCGCGCGACGACAAAACCAGAGACUACGAGCGCAAGUACAGCAGCCUGCGCAAAGAGAAAGACAGAGACAGGCGCAGGAGGGACCCGAGGGAGCCCAGAGACCCGAGGGACCCCAGGGACCCUAGAGACCCGAGGGACUAUCGCAGGGACGAGUACUACUACCGCGGCAGGUACGAGGACGGGUACGACAAUGAGGGCAGGUCGAGGCCGUCGAGUCGAUCCGAUCCGUUGCAGGACCCUUAUAGGGAUAGGGUGAUGGAGAAGGUUCAGAGGGACAGGAGACCGAGGGACAGGGAUAGGGAGAGGUACAAUAGGAGGCCGGGGGAUUCCAGGAACAUGUAUAACCCAUACCAGAGUUUCUCCUAUGACCCUUACAAUCCGUACUACCAGCAGUACCAGUACUACGAAAACCUGCGUAGGACCAACCCGCAAGCCUACGCGGAAUGGUACAGGAAGUACUACCAACAAGCCGCCGGCCAAAAUAAUCCUUACGGGGGCGAAGACAGGGCUUCUGUCCAUUCCGGCAGAAGUUCUGCGAACGACGAGCUGGCCAAGGAUAGGUAUACGAGGCAGAGUUUUUAUAGCCAGGUGAGCGCGCCUCACAUGGGGAGCUACUACGGAGACACGCACGCGCAUAGCGUCUCGAGCCAGUACGGCCUCGACACUUCUAGCUAUUCCCGUCCCUUCGACCAGACGGACUCGACCUUGAACCUGGACGACACGAACCUCACCGCCCAGCGUUUGACGCCCGCCAAGUUCACGACCGCCCACGGCAAGGGCUCCAUCACUUCGGGGAGGCUGGUGCGCGUGCUGCCGCACUACCCCGUCGACGGGCAGUCGGCUACCGUGGAGGUGGGUCUACUGGCACCGUUCCUCGUGGAGGACGACGAGUUCAGGGAUAUGAGCCAGUUUCCUGGACCCCUUGUCAAGGGGGUGACUCAUAAGAAGACGAUCAUAGAGUAUUGCGAGAACAAAAUCAGGGAGGCGGGAGCAAGUAAAAAGAUUGUGGAUGUGGAAUCGUAUGUGCUGAUGUGGGAGCUUUUGAUGUUGUUGAUUAGGCAGAACGGGAUGGUCGUUGGUACGGACAUAGCCGAGUUGCUGUUGAAAAAUCGGCGAGAAGUUCCCCCACCCAGGCCUUCCUCGGUGCUGUCCAGCAUCAGCAGCAACAAUGGAGAAGUGAACCCUAUCUCCGAAUCGAGCGCCCAUCCCAUUUCCGAGAAUACCGGCAGUCUUCUGUCGAUCGUUAAAGAAGAGGAAGUCACCAACAAGUUCAGGGAGUUUUUGUUGUACGGAUCGGGUAAGGAGGCCUUGGAAUGGGCGAUGAAACACGGCCUGUGGGGCCACGCUCUGUUCUUGGCUAGCAAACUUGAUAAAAGGACGUACGCCAAUGUCAUGAUGAGGUUCGCCAACGGAUUGACUCUGAACGACCCCCUGCAGACGCUGUACCAGCUGUUGAGUGGAAAAAUGCCUGCAGCAGUAACGUGCAUCUGUGAGGAAAAGUGGGGCGACUGGCGUCCCCACCUGGCCAUGAUACUCUCCAACUCCACCCAGCGGCCGGAACUCAAUCGCAAGGCCAUCACGACCAUGGGCGACACCUUGAUGGGCCGAGGCGGUCUACACGCCGCCCAGUUCUGCUACCUAAUGGCCGAGGUCGGCUUCGGCAAACACGACGACCCCGAGUCACGUCUAGUGCUGUUGGGCGCCGAUCACACGAAGCCCUAUCCUGGAUUCGCCACGAACGAGGCCAUCCAUAUGACCGAGAUCUACGAGUACGCUUGCAGACUGAACGACGCAGAGUUCGUCAUUCCUCAGUUCCAGGUUUACAAAUUCCUGUUGGCGACCCGACUGGCGGACAGGGGCCUGCCGGAAAAGUCCCUCGCCUACCUGGAGCAGAUAUCCGUCGGCAUAGUGGCCAAUCCGGCACUGGUCCAUGCUAAUCUCGUCGACCACGUGUACAGCCUGGCGGACAGAUUGAAGUUCUGCGACCCGGUCGACGAGGCCCAGGACGAGUCCGAGUUCGGGGCCGCGCCGGAGACCAAUCGGCCGGAUCAGUCGUGGCUGAGGGACCUCAGGGCGGUGCAACAGGACUAUCAGAAUGGAAUGAUCACCCAUCAGAGUAUGCAGAACUUGGAGACUCUCGCGAUCCCCACUUCGGAAACGGAUCUGGUGCCAUCAACGUACGCAGAAAGUUCACAAAAUAAUUGGCCGCAGUACGGUCAGCAGCAACAGCAGUACCAAGCGCAGCCCUGGCAAAAUGAACUGCCCCAGCAAGAUGCCCCAGCAGAAUAUCAACAGCAAGACAAUCAAAAUACCCAACAGAGUGACUACAACCAGCAACAGUAUCAGGAUCAGCAAAAUAAUUAUUGGGAAGGUCAACAGCAACAGUGGGGCAAUCAGGUCAACCAGUAUAAUCAGGAGAAUGUUGAUCAGCAGAAUAAUUUCGGCGUGAAUACUCAAGUUGAGCCUAAAGAGGUAGAGAAAGACGCCCUAGAAGUAAGUACCGAACCCCUAAACACCUCACCUUUCGCUCUGCCAAUGGCCAACACUUUGCGCAAACGUUUAACAGCACUCAGCCCCACCCUAAUGCAUGGCGAUGCGAUAGAAUUACAAAAACUAAAACCCGACAACACCGCUAAAAGACAGUCUGUAUCCUCUAUGGGGAAAAACCACAAGGAAGAUUCCAGGUAUGCGAGGCAAGAGAGCUCAGACAGGAAGAGCUCGUCGCGAGAGAGCUCCGAUUUGGAAGUGGAGACUUACAUAGGCAGGCGCAGACAGAAGAAUGUUUCCUACAGAAACGAGGAGAAGUCACAGCUCAUCCGCUACAAAGAUAACACUAAAGUCAUCACAAUUAAGAACGAUUCCAGGCACACCAAGUACAACACGUUCGAUAUGAAGUGUGGCGAGAAGGGAAAGCUGGUGAAGUACAAAUCCCUGGAUAUACCCGAGACGAAGACGGUUGUGAAGUACCUGGAACCUUCCAGCAAAGUGUCCAUAUCCGCGGAAGACUUCCGUUCGGAUUAUAGGUUCUCGAAAUUCGACAGGAAACACAAACACGACAUAAUCACCGACACUGUGGACGCUUGGGCGAGGAAGAGCAGCAAAAACGUGUUCUCCAACAUCAAGAACUCGCUGUUCAAGGGCAGCUCAGAGAAGGAGGUCGUUUAUAAGCCGUUGGUUUUCGGCGGGACGUACCCCAUUGAUUGUCCCACUUUCGAGGCGAAAGUUAGAAGGCCAGAUGAGACGGUCAAGUCGAAACUGCCCAAGUCACAGAGUGUUAAUUUGGGCGGCAGUCAGUUUCCCAGAAUGAGGGAGUACGGGCCUCCUAGAACUUUCGAUAUAGAUCAACCCAUUUGAGCUUGUUGUAUGGCGAGUUGUAGAAUUUUUAUGUGCAAGCAUAUUAGGAUGGAUGGCUUCACACGUUAUUCCACUAUUUGUUUUUUAAAAAUGAUGUCGAAUCUUGAGUUCAGUUCAUUGGAAAAGACUGUGAUUGAAUACAUUAUCUGUAAUAUAAUUGAUUUUUGUGAUAUUUUUAACGAAUACCUCCACAACAAGACGCAAUAUGAACACGAAUUUGUAACUAACGCAUCUAACAGUAUCCUCAUCUAACCUGGAAACAAUUCCAUUAAAAAUGUAUACCAAGGCCAAGGGUGAUUCGUUUUUUUUACAUGUCAAAAGGCUACUAUAGUUUUGAUCUCUCAUUAAAUGUCAGACUUCCUUUUUAAUUUGAGAAACGUAUUUAUUCUUUGGCAAACUUUGAUCAGCAGUUUUCAUGUUUGCAAAAAGGUACACAGUGGCGUUGCUGAAUAGGGUUCACAAAACGAAAUUUUUCUGUAAGCCUCUUGAUGAAUUUUCGAAAAAAAAUUGUGAUUUUGAAAGAGAAACUCGAAUCAUACUAAAACAGUAGAAAAAAAUGCUUUUAAAUUCAUCAUCUGAAUCCUUUACCGACACCACUAUGAAUCAUUUGCGUACAAAAUUACUAAGAUAUGAAAACAUUCUAUCGCCCUUGUGUAACAUUUUUUAUUUUUAUUUUUAGGAGACAAUUUUACUAAAAAUGAUGUAGAAUAAUAUUGACUUCCAAAAAUGAGACUAUGACAAUUUCCAACGUCAUACAGGGUGUCCUUGAUAAUUUGAUACCUUGAUUCAACUUUUUAUGGAAUUGUUUUCAUGGGAAGUAGGAUACAAUGUAUGAAAAUAUUUUUAUAUGAUUAAAAACUUACUGAAUUAUCCAAAAUUAAUAUUAUACUAAUAUACCCAGUUGGUGUAAUAUGGUUGAUUUCGAAAAUUUUAUGAAGACUGGUGGUAACAGUUGACUGAAAAUGACUUCAAUGAAACGCCUUAAAGUUAAACUAAAUUAUUAUCUUGAAAAUUCUUGUUAUAUAAAAUGCUCACAAGGAACAAUCAGAGCAAGAUCAUAUUACAUAAUUUUAUUUGCAUUAAGAAUUUGGUAUAGGAUGUAAGAAAUUUGCUUCCGAGAAAUCAUUUAUUGAACAUUAUUUUCCAAUUAAUUGAGCAAUUUGAAUACUAGAGAGUGAUAUUUGUUUUAGAAAUCUUCACAAAAGUGGAAAAUAUUGGCAGGUCCUUAUUCCUGAAAAUAGUUGAUAAUGGGAUCUUGUAGACGAUCAAAAGUAAUAUAGAAAAAUUUUAAAUCAUUUGGAUCAGGUACCCCUCCGAAUAAAGUAAAAGAAACGUUUAUUUUUCAAUAAUUUCAAUUUGAUAUGAGAAUCUCCCAAACUCGCCAAUAUUUUUCAACGUUCGUAGCAACAUAUCAGUGCUCGAAUCUGCAACUUAAUUUGUAACACUCUGUAUGUAACUAGUUAUUUAUCCUUAUUCACUUGCCGCUGAUUAAAAAAGGAUAUUUCUGACAUUUCAUAGAAGCACAAACUCAUUAACGAACAUAGGAAACUGCAUCGUAGUUGAAAAAAGUUACAAAGUAAUGCAACUUGAAGAAGUCCAGUUAUUGUUGAUGUUAAUCUUGUUGAAUGUUGACAACGACGAAAUUGUUGAACACUCAUUCGUACAUGUUGUGUUACAUAGUUUAGAGGUUAGAUGUUAUUAGGCAGUAGGAGGUUUAAAGGGAUACAUUAUUUUUUGUGAAUUUACAGCUUGUAACGUUUUUAUGUUCAUUAAAAAUGAUGAAUUACUAAUAUGUUUAUUUUGUAAGUAACCUAAAAAGUGUGUUUUCAAAAUAAAUGGGGCACAAUAUAAUCAUGUCAACAAGGUGUUAUUACACUUAUUUUCAAGGUGAAAACAAAUUUAGCGAAACUUUAGGAAACUGUCAUGCAAAUCAAUUCACUUGAAAUUGUGUUAUUCAAUGGAAAGUUGUAGACAUUAGUAAAAGUAAACGUGAUUAUGUUAAUUUCUCGAUUACUAUUUGUGAAACUAUAAAAAAAACAAAAUUUGGUUAAUAUUGGUGCGGAAGAGUUGUGCACUGUGUGUAUCUUUACCACAAGGCAGUAUUCACUAUUCUAUUUCGGCGUAUUUCAAAUACCUCUGUACAACUAUCGGCUGGAAUAUUACGUAUCUCUUGUUACUUGAUAGUCAAUGUUCACUUUCUUGUACAUUCAACUGACCCUGUAUAGAAGUCUAUGACGUUUACCAAAUCGGUUUUGUUACAAUUCAAACAUGCUUGAAAAUUCUGUUCCAUUCUUUAUUUA